AUGCAGCGGCUCAGCAUCCUCCGCCUCAAGGCACUUUCCCAGCCUUCUUCAGUAGUUCACUCAAGCUCCACCAUCCCCAUCCACCUUCACCUCCAGGCCCAGUCCGCACUCGCACGAUCACGCCUGCCAACCACGUCCAGCAUAUCAGCCAAGCUUGCGUCGACAUCAUCGGCACCAAAGUCUGCCGAGGGACCCAGCGCGCAGUCUGGCGGCUCGCGCUCCAAGGACGCCGCCGAGGCCGCCGAGGCCAGUGGCGACAAGCCAUCGUCGUCACCAUCAUCAGCAGCAGCAGCAGCAGCAGAGCCCGAGACGGCCGGGAUUGAUAGCCUCGCGGAGCGCGACGCGCUGGGCCGCACGGGCGGAGGCGAGCCGCUCGAGAGCAGCUCCAAGAACGCACCGCCGCCGCCAAAGGUCAACAACUCGAGCAUCCCGGGAGAUGGACAGGACAAGCUGAGCAAGGAGCAGAAGCAAGAGGUGGAGGAGCACAACCGCGAGUUUGAGGAGAGGCACGAUAGGGCGUCGCCUGCGUCCAAGGACAAGGUGAACAAGAGCUUUUGGAGUGGGGGCGGCACGCGCAAGUCGCCUGGAACGGAAUAA